AUGGAAAACCAAUUGUAUGUGAAGAUGGAGAAAUGCACUUUUGCCCAACCUGACGUAAGAUUCCUUGGGCACAAGAUUAAGGACAGGAGGAUCUACAUGGAUGAGAGAAAAAUAAAAGCAAUUUCAGAAUGGGAACCACCUAAGAACGUGUCCGAACUACGAUCGUUCCUAGGUCUGGUCAAUUAUUAUCGAAGAUUCAUAUCAGAAUACUCGGCACGGUCAACUCCACUAACUGAUCUACUUAAAAAGAAGGUCGCAUGGGAGUGGACGGAUAGGUGUCAAGAAACGUUUGAGGAGCUAAAGAAGGCCGUCAUGAAAGAACCAAUUCUAGCAUUACCCAAUUACUCGAAGCCGUUCCAGGUACAAACUGUUGACUUAGUCGGAGAAAAUACCAAGUGGCGCACGGUGAUUGAAGCAUCCUGUGACAUGUCGCCAUCUCCGUCGCCGUCGAACGGAGAAUUCUGCCAUUAG